UCCAAAACCCUUCAAUGCACUUACUCUUCCGCCACUCCCUCCGCCGUAACUACUGCCACCUCCCCUCCACUGACACUACCUUCAAAUGGGUCCGGGACCGUGGCCUCGACCACGCAGUGGAGAGAGAAAAGAACCUCAAACCUCUCCUCAACAUCAAAAACCUCAUCAAAUCAGAGCCGUCCAAGUCCCUCCCAAUCUCCAUCAUCACCAAGCAAAAAGACUCCCUGAAAAUCCCCUUUCGCCCCAUUGACUUCGUACGAAAAUACCCUUCAAUCUUCCAGGAAUUCUUCCCAGGGAACAUCGGGGUCCAGCCCCAUAUCAAGCUCACUCCAGACGUCCUCAAUCUUGAUGCUGAAGAGCUGCUGGUUUACCAAAGCGAGACCUAUAAGCAAGUUGUUGCUGAUAGGCUGCUGAAACUGUUGAUGAUUUCGAGAAUCAACAAGGUACCUUUAAAGAUUAUUGAGAAUUUGAAAUGGGAUAUUGGUCUUCCUCAAGAUUAUUUAAGAAGUAUUGUUCCUGAAUUUCCCGAUUAUUUUCGCGUUAUUGGUAGUAAAGAUAGUAAAGAUGGUUGUUUUGGGUCGGGGGAUUUUGGCGAAUUGGAGUUGGUUUGUUGGAGUAAUGAAUUGGCAGUUUCAGUUAUGGAGAAGAAGGCAAAAGAUGGGGAAAAGAUUGUUUUUUCGGAGAAGUUUUCUAGCGGUUUUGUGAUUGAUAAGAAAACGAAGAAGUGGAUGGAUGAUUGGCAGAAGUUGCCUUACAUUUCUCCAUAUGAGAAUGCAGCUCAUCUGUUGUCGAAAAGUGAUGAAUCGGAUAAGUGGGUGGUGGCGAUUUUGCACGAGUUGAUUAGUCUUUUUGGAGCGAAGAAGGUGGAUAGGGAGAAUUUGUUUUGUCUUGGAGAGUACUUGGGUAUCAGGUCAAGGUUUAAGAGAGCUUUGCUUAACCACCCUGGUGUUUUUUAUGUUUCCAGUAAGGUUGGAACAUAUACAGUGGUCUUAAGGGAGGGUUAUAGGAGGGGAGCAUUGAUGGAGAGUGAUCCGUUGAUGAAUAUUAGAAAUCAGUAUAUUCACCUAAUGAAUAUGAUGAAAGAAGAUUGUAAAGUGAUUGCUCCAGCAAGUGGGAGCGAGCAGCAAGAAAAGGAGUUGAAAGGAGAAGAAAGAGAGGCUGCUGAUGAAGAUAGUGAGGAUGAGAAGGAUGUUCAGUUGUAUGACUCGUCUGGUUCUGAGGAAGAGGGUGCCAGAGACGAUAACCUUGAUGAUGAUGAUGAGAGCGGGGAGGAGGAGGAAGAUAACCGAAUGAGAAGUUCUCGAAAAAAUGCUGCAAUUAGUAGAGGAAAAACGGCUAGGAGGAUUAUUUUGGACACGAACAGGGAUGAUGAUGAUGAUGAGGAGGAGGAGGAAGAUAACCGAAUGAGAGGUUCUCGAAAUAAUGCUGCAACUAGUAGAGGAAAAACAGCUAGGAGCAUUAAUUUGGACAGGAACAGGGAUAUGAGAAAUCCUGAAAGAGGAAAAUCAAUUUGGAAACACCUAGGUGCAGCCAAGGAUGAUAAUGUUCCUCAAAAACAUAUGUGCAAGGAAAGGAAGGGGGAUGAUUAUGUCUCCCGGAAUUCUGAGGAGGAGGAAGAUAACCGAAUGAGAGGUUCUCGAAAUAAUGCUGCAAGUAGUAGAGGAAAAACAGCUAGGAGGAUUAAUUUGGACAGGAACAGGGAUAUGAGAAAUCCUGAAAGAGAAAAAUCAAUUGGGAAACACCUAGGUGCAGCCAAGGAUAAUGUUCCUCGAAAACAUAUGCACAAGGAAAAGAAGGGGGAUAAUAUUGUCUCCCGGAAUUCUGAAGAGGAGGAACAUAACCGAAUGAGAGGUUCUCGAAUUAAUGCUGCAAGUAGUAGAGGAAAAACAGCUAGGAGGAUUAACUUGGACAGGAACAGUGAUAUGAGAAAUCCUGAAAGAGGUAAAUCAGUUGGGAAACACCUAGGUGCAGCCAACAAUAAUGUUCCUCAAAAACAUAUGCGCAAGGAAAAGAAGGGGAAUAAUAUUGUCUCCAGGAAUUCUGAAGAGGAGGAACAUAACCGAAUGAGAGGUUCUCGAAUUAAUGCUGCAAGUAGUAGAGGAAAAACAGCUAGGAGGAUUAACUUGGACAGGAACAGUGAUAUGAGAAAUCCUGAAAGAGGAAAAUCAGUUGGGAAACACCUAGGUGCAGCCAACAAUAAUGUUCCUCAAAAUCAUAUGCGCAAGGAAAAGGAGGGGGAUAACAAUGUCUCCAGGAAUUCUGAGGAGAGAUCGAAUUUCACUAGAAGCCACAGGAGGUCAUCAUCAGAGAAGAGAACUUCCGUUUAGAAAAGAUUGGAUGUAUCUGCUGAAACAAAGUUUUCUUCUUGAUGAAGUUAAUCCUUUGUU